AUGGGCAACAAGAUCUCCGCAGUGCAUGGUGUGAAAUCAGACCACUUCUACGAUCAAGGCAACGCCAUCAACGAGAUCUGGAUCGGGGACCUCGAAGUCAUCUCGCGUCUCCCUUUCGGCGAUUCCGACCUCGAGCAAGCCGGUUGGCUGCCCGGUAGCUACCCCAAGAUCCCCUGGCAUCAUUUCAUUAUCCCCAUGCACAAACGGGACGAAACCCCCAGUAUGAUUGCCGAUGAUUUCCUCUCGAACACAAGGGUAUACGCGAAUGGAUCCUACGGCAUAUGUCGGGACUGGCUACCCAAGGAUGGGUACCUGGGCAUGUACAGCGGCGUCUCACUAGACACUGGCUACUGCAUCGGACUGGUGUUCUUGCUACUCGCCCUGGGCCUUUUCAUAUUCUACAUAUACAGAACUAUCCGUGCUACUUUCACUUGGGUAAUCAUGCGGAGUAUUUCCCCUCACCUGCCGAAUCCAGUCCAAGUCAGACAUAACGCUCGGCGCGCCUUUUGGAUUGACCUCGCUGGAGCAUUUUUGGUACUUGUACUCGGUAUUCUUUGUUUCCUGCUGGGAUUGCCUGCUCUCGCGGUUGCCACGAGGGGCUUGGAUGCUCCGACUUUCAUCCUCUGGCAUGGGUUUCUUAUGUGUGGUGGCAUGUUCAUCUGCGGCUUUGUCAUUCAACCAAUUUACAUCUUCUGGUAUGCGAGAUCACAUUUGGCAACCGUCACCCGGGGAGGAUAA